AUGACAUCCAUCGACGACCUCGCUAGGCGCUUGGAGCAGAUUGACAGCACUUUCGACAAAGACACCCAACUGAAGCAUUGGUCUUUUGAGAAGACGGAGAACAACUCUUUCGGUGUCACGGGCUCCACCGAUUUCACCGUCUUCCUCUCCUUCGGUGAAUGGCCGGAACUCGCAAAAGUCCCCGGCACGUCGGAGGACGACGUUGAAACCUCUUUCCCGAACCCGUUGCAAAAUGCAUUCAAGCAGGUCUUGGCCGCCGGCGAAGACCCAAAGGGGAAAACCUGCUUCAUUGAUCUGGCCACCUUGAACCCUGCGACCGACUUCUUCACGGAGGGCGGUGACGAGAGCGUUGCGACCGCCUUGCUCAACGCGGUUGACAAAAUCGAUCCGGAAAUGAAGCCUGUCAUUCGCAUUGUGUGCGGCGACUGGAGUGAUAAUGCCCCUGAAACCUGGGGGUAUGAGAAUUCGGCCUGGAGAAAGAUGUUUGAGGAUAUCUUUUGGAACGAGGGGAAGUCGCGCCUCCAGCACAACAAGAACGCAACUCUGUGGGUGGGCUACUAUCGCCCGAUUUUGGCAACGACUUCAGGCGGAGAGGCGUACGCUCCCACCGAGCAGUGGUUGAACGACCGACUCGACGACGUUGCGAAACUUGUCAAAGAAUUGAAUGAGCUCGUGACCGGUCUUCCCCAAGCGGAUAAGCUCCUCAAUAUUACCAAGAACUUCGAUCCAAAAGCUUAUGUCGCCACUCUCCUCAAAUCCAAGUAUCUCCAGCAACACAUCAGUUGGAAUCACGGCAAGAUUCUUGCCGUCAAUGGUAAGACUAUGAUGACAGGUGGCGGUAACUACUGGAAUGAGUACACGGGCCCAGUACACGAUAUCGUUGACCAACAAGCAAAGGUGACGGGCGAGGCUGCUAUCUCCGCGCAUCAGUGGUCGAAUUACUUCUGGAACUACCUCAAUAAGAUACCGAAGUCAGACAGCCAGUCAUUUUAUAGGUGUGCUAACCUGGGUGAGCCUCCCAAGUGGACGGAAGAGGAAGCGCCCCUCUCGCCAGCUUUCUCCACCAACGUCCCGUACGGCAACAAGAAGGUCUUGACGGUCUCACGAAUUGGUGACUGGCAUGGCAAGAUGAAGGAUGUGGAGUAUCCCGUUGGCAUCAUCGACGGACUACGUGACGUUCUCUUGAACGGCGUGUAUUUGAAUUUCGGGACUGAAGGACCGCAAGUCCAGGGAACCAUGGUGAUCCUUAUGUAUGCCAUCAUGACUGAGGACGGUGAAGCGCUCCGGCACCUGACCGAAGCGGCGAAGAACUAUAAGCGUGGUGUCGGCGUCUACAUCAAGGACGUGGCUUCAGAAAUCGCUAACACUUUUUCUUCGUGGUUUUCUUCCCCCAGCCGCCCCGCUGCGGUUUCGACCACAAAGGGCAGCUUCAGCCCUUAUCACAGUCUCAACGUGAAUCCGAACGCGUGGGCAAGCCGGUUUGCUCGGGUUUGCGCCAUCGCUAACGCCAAGGAGAGCGUCAUUCUGUGCCAACAACGGAUCGCUUGCCCACCAUACGGUGGGGACGAUUCCAAGAAGUUGCUCAAUGAUUACAUGCAUCUGACAGAGCCCAAUAUAUGGGACGGGUACCUCUGGCCAUUCGAUCUCCUGAUUGCGUUCGGCUACGCCUUGGCCAGGACCAGAAACACCAAGACCGGAGCGGCCAAGAUCACGAUUGUGUUGGCGACCCAUCGCACCAAAAACGAGGGUGGAAAGCGCCCUGACUGGGAGGACGGCGCCUCCAUCGGGGAUCUAAGACGAAAGCUCAAGGCCGUCAUGCGAGGCAUGGCCUACCUGAACGGCGUGGCGGGCCCCCUCUCGGGUCUCUUCUCCAAUCUCGCCGCCGCAGCAGAUGUCUUCACCCACGUUGAUCCAGUGCCCGAGAACCUGAUCGACAAGGUCGUGGACGAAAACUUCGAAGUGAGACGAGCACUCGGUAACAACACGUACUAUUACAAUCACUGCAAGAUUGUCUGCGUCGACGACAGAUUGCUGUAUGUGGGCAGCGACAAUGCCUAUCCUUGCUACAAUGAGGAGCAUGGCGCUUGGAUCGAGGACGCUGCCGAGGUGGCUUCUUGGAAGAACAAGUUCUGGAACCAAAUGUGGGCCAGGGCCACAGUUCCGGAUAAUGAGCCGGAGAAGAAACCAACCGUGCCAGAGUAG